CGCCUCGCACACACCAUCCCCCGCCCCCCUCAAAAGAAGCCCCAAAGCGAACCCGCCACCAAAGACGCUCCCUCCAGCGAAAGCGACCGCCCCGAAUUCAAAGGCCCGGCCUUUUACCAGCUUUCCUUCACCUGCGUGCCCUGCGGCCAUCGCUCGCAUCACAACGUCUCGAAACAGGGCUAUCAUCGCGGCUCUACGCUGAUUACGUGUCCGAGCUGCCGCAAUAGGCACGUCAUCAGCGACCAUUUGAACAUCUUUGGCGAUCGUAAAAUCACUGUCGAGGAUUUGAUGCGGGAAAAGGGCCAGCUGGUGAAGAGGGGCUCUUUGGGGGAGGACGGAGACAUUGAGUUUUGGCCGGACGAGGCGAUACCG